UAGAGCCAUGGCAGUGGCCGCGUUUUCCGAAGACGCAAAAUAUUAUUCAUAUAUUAGUAAAGACGGUCGUUUGAGGAUAUGGGAAACAGAGACCAAUAUCCUGAAACAGGAGUAUACUCCUGACCUUCAUUUAAGUUCACCACCUACUUGUUUACAAUGGAUAACCCUAGCGGUUUCAAACAGCCUACAGAAAGGCAAAGGUGGUAAGCGUAAUUCUAUAAGCCAAGACAAUGAAACGCAGAGUAUAGUUUUAGGUACAACAAGUGGAAAGAUUCUUAUAUACUCAGUAACACAAGCAAAAGUAGUGACCGUUUUACAGAGUCCUAAACAAGGGAACGCUAAUGUGACUGCACUGGAUUGGCAAAGGAAAUCUGGUUUAUACAGCUGUAAUAAAUCAAGCAAUUUAUACCAUUGGGAUAUAAAUGAAGGAAAUGUUAAAUUUAAAUAUAAUGUUAGUGUUGAUAAUAAGAAUAAACAAGCAAAUAUUAUAAGUGCUAUCAAAAUCGUACCACACAAUCUGAGCACACCGGCUAAUUACAUAGUGACAGCGUCAUGGCAGGUCUACCUGUGGAGGCUGCAUGGUGGCCAAGCCACAAGAUUACGGAAUCUAGGACACAACACGACAUCCAACGCGUUGUUAGCAUUGACUACAUCAAAUGGUUCAAGUUGGCUGAUUGAAGGAUCUCAAAAUGAACGUCUCCUAUCCUUCUGGGAUGUAACAAUAACAGAAGAAGUCGCACCCCAAGUCAAUGGAGAUGCAUCUCCAACGAAAAAGCAACGGAAGACCUCAAUAUCCAAAUUGUCUACGCCCAUGUAUAGCUUCAUAUUGGAGGAUGCACCGAGAUUUAUAGAUGCCACAUUGACGAGUGGUGAUGAUGGCAGCUCGUUGCAGAUUGCUGCAGCUACCAGGAGUGGAGUUGUCCAUUAUUAUGGGCACAUGCUCAAUGGAUCCUCAGUGAAACCAAUCAAGCCAUCAGUAACGAUCCAGGUGACCAGUUGUGAUGCUACGCCCUUCCCGCUGCAGUGCUGUCGUUUGGGUGAUCCUGACCUGCUCAUAGGGUACUCCAGUGGUCCUGCCACCAUUUUUGAAAAUGUGAUACCAGACUUAAAAUCCAAGACGCAAAUUCUUAUACGUGGCGAAAAAGAUGUCAAAGCUAGUAAAUCACAGAAGAAAAAAAAUGAAACUAAUGAAAUUAAUAAAGUGAGAAGUGGAGAUACAAAGGAUGUUACAUUCGUGGAUACAAUGGUUGGCGCCAGCAGGAAGCGGCCCGCGCCCGGUGCCAAGAUCGAGAUACCAAUGGAGGCGAGACUCGAAAACCUGGCAUUAGACCCCAAGAGUCGGAGCAAGUCAGCCGUCAGCCAGAAUCUAACAAAACUAUUAAUGCAAGGUCUCCACUCUAAAGAUAAAAAUUUAAUAUUCACGGUGCUGCUACAAGACGACCCGGCGGUGGCGUCGCAGACAGUGGCCCACCUGCCUGUAGAAUACGUACACCUGUUGCUGGAAGAACUCGCACAAAUGGCCAGCAAGAAGACCACACAAUGUGCGACUGCGUGUACGUGGGCGGCGGCCACGCUGCGGGCACACGCCGCAUUGGUUGUUGCCGCACACGCGAAUUCUCCCGCCAACACACAUCUUGCGCAUCUCCUCGCACACUUCACGCACAGACGAUCACAUCUCUGCCAAUUGCUGAAUUUGAAGGGUCGGCUGGAGUUAACGAUGGCGCAACGGUCAGCAAGAACCAACCAGACUGAAGACCAAGAAGCUAUACUUGACUACAAUGACACAUCAUCAGACGAGGAGAUGGAAGUGGAGAAGUACCAUUCGGACAGUGAUAACGUGUGGGACGAGGACAAGUUGCCCGGGGAAUCAGAUGAAGAGAAGUCAGCAGGGAAAAUAUCGGCCGGCGAGCAGUCGGAGGCAUCUGAUAACGACAUGGAUACAGACUCGGGGCAGUCAGACGACGAUUGAUAAAAUAUAUAAAUGUUAAUUUUAA